AUGUCUAAUGAUGUGUCGUUUGAUAAUAUCAUUGAUGUCAAUAUCGUUAUCCUCUUUAUUGUAUUAUCUUAUGAUCUGAACUACUUGUAUCGAGUCUUCCACUAUGAGGACGAUGGAAGAGGGAUCAUAAAGCAGGAAAUUGUACAAAGAAUAGCAAGUUCCUGGAGGAACGCAAGAAAUCAUUUGUUCAAUAAGGUUUAUGACGAAGAACUGACUUUUGCAGAAAACCUCAAGCGUAAGCCAGCAGGGAUAGAGGCAAAUCACUGGAGAAAGUUUCUUGAAUAUCGGUUGAACGAGGACACACAGGGAAAGACUAUUGGUAGAGGAGAGGGAUGGACCAUGAGCCAUAAAAAAAAGAAUGGUUCGUAUAUGAAUGAAGAUGCGCGUCUAGUUGGGGAAGCAAUUGAACUUAUUGAGAGCCAAGACCCCUCCAGCAAGGAAUUUUCACAGAAUGAUUCCCUUGCACAAGUGCUUGGGAAAGAGCACCCAGGAAGAGUUCGUGGACUCGGUUUUAGUCCAUGUCCCAGUCAUUGUUUUCGUAACAUUCCACAACAGUCUGACUACGGUGUACAGAUUGAGGAGUAUCAGAUGGAGAUUGUAAAACUUAAGGCGGAGGCAGCAGAACUUAAGGCGGAGGCAGCAAAACUCAAGGCAGCAGCAACAGAGGAAAAGGCAAAGAGACAGAGAAUGGAGGCAGAGGCAGCAGAGGAGAAGGCAAAAAUGCAGACUAUGAGAAAUUUGUAG